AUGUCCCUCCACAUCGCAGCACGAACCAGUCUCCCGGGUCACCUCCGACACCAGCCGUCCUCUAACCUGGCUCUGGCUCUGGCUCGCUCGCGAAAACAGCGACGCCUCCACCUGGCGCCUCCCUUCCUGCUCGAUGGAGGCCCUUAUGUACCCCGUUUUCAGAUGCUCAGUUCGCGCGAUGCAGCCCUCAAGCGGUCCCGCGCCUACGCCCAUCUCCGGAACUGCAACCUGUGCCCGAGGCUCUGUGGCGUCAAUAGAUAUGAGACGACGGGCAUGUGCCUCGUCGGGGCCACGGCCAUGGUGAACACCAUUGCGCCGCACUUUGGCGAGGAGGCCUGCAUCCAGGGCCACCAUGGCAGUGGCAGCGUCUUCAUGAGCGGCUGCAACAUGAGGUGCAUCUUCUGCCAGAACUACGACAUUGCGCACCAGAGAAAGGGCAUGGAUCUCACGCCCGAGGCGCUGGGUGAGUGGUAUCUCAAGCUGCAGGACGUGGGCAAUGUGCAUAACAUCAACAUUGUCACGCCGGAGCACGUGGUGCCUCAGGUCGCCCUCUCCAUCCUGCACGCCAAGGACCUGGGGCUCAAACUUCCCAUUGUGUACAACACGUCGAGCUUCGACUCGCUCGAUUCUCUGCGCCUGAUGGAUGGCCUCGUGGACAUUUACCUGGCCGACUUCAAGGUCUGGAACGCGGCCUCGUCCCGGCGCCUGCUCAAGGCGGACGACUACGCCGCGACGGCCAGGGAGUCCGUCAAGGUGAUGCAGCAGCAGGUCGGUGAUCUGUGCUUCACGCCAGACGGUGUCGCCAAGCGAGGGCUGCUGGUCAGGCACCUUGUCAUGCCGGGGAUGGAGGAGGAGGGUGCUGCCAUUAUGCGCUUCUUGGCCGAGCAAGUGUCUACAGACUGUUUCGUGCACAUUAUGGAGCAGUAUCACCCUGACGCCCACGUCGGCAAGAAGACUAGGCGCAAGCCAAAACAAGGCUCCGAGGAUGAGUCUGUCAGGUACGCCGAGAUCAAUCGUGCCGUCACCCACAAUGAGGUCUCUCUCGUGCGCAAGGCGGCGGAAGACGCUGGACUGUGGCGUUUCAAUGACCCGCCCAGGCACGAGGGGUUUGCCAUCUGA